UCUGACCUAAUAUCUGGAGCCAGCUUGGCCAACCUGAAGCCCUAGUGGACAUCGCUCAUCGUAUUCCCCUCAUUCCAGGAUCCCCCACGUGCUGCUCAGUCCUCACUAAGUCAACUUGAAUCCCAUCCUCGACUUGCCUCUCGCCUAAUCCUACAUCAUGUCCGGAGCUCUGAAGCGAUUCCUGCCCAUGUUUGAUCGGGUGUUGAUUCAACGGGCUGAGGCGGCCACCAAAUCCAAGGGCGGCAUCCUCAUCCCGGAGAAGGCCCAGGGAAAGGUCAACGAGGGCACGGUGGUGGCCGUGGGCACGGGAGCCGUCAACGAGGCCAACGGGCAAGUGCGGCCCCUGGCUGUGGCCGUGGGCGACCGCGUCAUGUUGCCCGAAUAUGGCGGCACCAAGAUCGAGUUGGAAGACAAGGAGUAUACGCUGUUCCGCGAAGGCGACAUCAUCGCCAAAAUCGCUCAGGACUAGUUGGUUGAGCUGUCCCUCGAUCCAUUCAGAAAAGAUGUCUUGCCGCCUGGACUGGCCAGCCGACUUUCGCCUCAUGCCCUUGGGUCGGGUCUCGGGUUUCCCUGGACCGAUUGUUUUUGCCUGGGUCCCUCAUGGCUUUGUGUGGGCGAGGGGGGAAGGCCUUCGAGACCCGAUUGAGGAGUGAGCCCGGCUCGAUCUGGGCCAGACCAGGCGGAAUUUAGUCAGUGAUGCCUGUAAAAAGGGAGCCGCCGUGCCGUCGAUGUUUUGUAUCGCAUUUAAACGUGACGAAAAUAAAAGCAGGGAUUGCCCCGGAAUCUCAUUCGCCGCA